AUGGAGAAAUUGGAGCAGUACGUACCGACGAGUUCGAGUGACAGAACUAAACGCGUUCUACGCGCAUUCAUCGACCAUCUACCCGCAAAUGGCAGAGCGAAUUUGAUUCGUCAUCUCCAGUCUUUGCAGUCGAACCAAGAGAUUCACGACCAUGCCGAAUCCCUAGUGAAUGGUCUUCUAAUGCCGAUGCGGACUCUCCGAUCUACGCCCACUAUCUCCCCACGUGCUGGAAUGGAAGACUCCAUUGAAAAUGUCGCCGCACACUCCGGUAGUUCAGCAGCCCGAGAGGCUCGCUUGAAGAGAGACUGUCUUACCCGCGACGGCCUAAAAUGUGUCGUCACAGACCGUUAUGACGAAAAUUCUAUGGACCGAAGUAAUACUAAUAUUCGGACAACUUACACUGAAUGCGUCCACAUCAUUUCCUUUUCCCUUGCAACCUGGAAGGAUGAACAAGAAGAAUUCGCUAAAAACGUUAUCUGGACUAAUCUGACCCGCUAUUUUCCGUCAAUCGAAAACCAAAUUCGCUUUACGCGGGAAUCCAUCAAUGAUACGUGCAAUGCUAUGACAAUGUCUAAGGCUCUUCAUCCAUCAUUCGGGGCGUUUGAUUUUGCAUUUGAAGCAACUCCGCGACGACAUACAUACACACUGAAGAAUUACAAGCCGCGGCUGCUAGACGAUCUUCCCGAAAGUGUCACUUUUACCCGCCAUAACUCGCACUUCUCCCUUCCGAGCCCUGGACUGUUGAAGAUCCAUGCAACAAUCGCCCGCAUCUUUCAUGCAUCUGGAGCAGCCGAGCCCAUUGAAAAGGCAAUCCGAGAUCUUGGAGAGACUGCUCUCCUAGCUAAGGAUGGUAGUAGUGAUAUUUCGGCUAUGUUAGCCGCAACGUCUCUUGGAGUUCUUGGUUCGCGCGCUGGGAAUAUCCAACAACCUGGAUUAUUGUUAAACCCAACCACGAAGGGUUAA